GGCUCUGGGAUUUGUGUGCUGGGACCAAAGGCUCCUGCGCUGGGGUCGGGGGAGUAGAGGGGUACCUCUGGGACGUGGGUCGCCCCCUGGCCCCAGCGCUGGUGGGCAACAGUGCUUCUUGUGCCCACACCUUGGCGUGGAUGGUGCUGCUUGGUGGCUCAGGUGUUGGCAUGAACAGAAUUCGGAUCCACGUUCUGCCAUCGAGCCGAGGACGCCUUACUCCCGUGCCGCGGCCGCAGGAGCCUCUGUCAUGUGCCUUCACCCACCGCCAGUGCUCCCAGCCGCGCCUGGAGGGGCAGGAGUUUUGUAUUAAGCACAUUCUGGAAGACAGGAGUGCCCCGUUCAAGCAGUGCAGCUACGUUUCAACGAAGAACGGAAAGCGGUGUCCCAAUGCUGCGCCCAAGCCAGAGAAGAAGGAUGGCGUGUCGUUCUGUGCGGAGCAUGCCCGUAGGAACACGCUGGCGCUCCAAGCUCAGAUGAAGAAGUCCAAUCCCGGGCCUGUAAGCGAGACUCUGCUUUGCCAGCUUAGCUCUUAUGCCAAGUCAGAGCUGGGCUCCCAGACUGCGGAGAGCAGCCGCAGCGAAGCCAGUCGGAUUCUGGAUGAGGACAGCUGGAGCGAUGGCGAGCAGGACCCUGUCACGGUGGACCAGACGUGGCGAGGGGACCCGGACAGCGAGGCUGACAGCAUUGACAGUGACCAGGAGGAUCCCUUGAAGCACGCUGGCGUGUACACAGCCGAGGAGGUGGCUUUGAUCAUGCGAGAGAAGCUGAUCCGCCUGCAGUCCCUCUACAUUGACCAGUUCAAACGACUCCAGCACCUUCUGAAGGAGAAGAAGCGCCGAUACCUGCACAGCCGCAAGGGAGAGCACGAAGCCAUAGGCAGCAGCCUCCUGACGGGCCCGGAGGGGCUGAUGGCCAAGGAACGUGAGAACCUGAAGCGCCUGAAGUGCCUGCGUCGGUACCGGCAGCGCUACGGCGUGGAGGCCCUGCUCCACCGGCAGCUGAAGGAGCGCAGGAUGCUGGCGACCGACGGCGCCGCCCAGCAGGCGCACACCACCCGCUCCAGCCAGAGGUGCUUGGCCUUCGUCGACGACGUCCGAUGCUCCAACCAGUCCCUCCCGAUGACCAGGCACUGCCUUACGCACAUCUGUCAGGACGCCAAUCAGACUCUCUUCAAACCGUGUCAGGGCUCCGAGGAAGUGCCCUGCAACAAGCCAGUUCCCGUGAGCCUCUCCGAGGAUCCCUGCUGCCCGCUCCACCUCCGCCUGCCUCCGCAGAUGUACGUACCCGAGCAGGUUCUGGCCGUCCCCGAGGAGCUGGAAGCUGCCCCCACAGACCUCUACUUGAGCGCUGCUGAGCUCCAGCCCACGGAGAGUUUGCCCCUGGAGUUCAGCGAUGUAAGUUGUGCAGCGUGCUUUGGGCCGAGCCGGGCAAGAAGGUGCCCUGUGGAAAAACUUUCCCCAAUAUUUCUCUCGUCAUUCCGGGCCGUGAAAUUGCUCUGAAAUACUCAGGGAGGGAAGGGGGCUGCCGUGCAGCUGACCCACCGCGUUGUGUGGAGCAUGGAUGGACGUCGUGUAAAGCGCUGCCUCCCCAGCAGAAAUAACGUAGAAUUAUUUUUAUUCUUGCUGGUUUGGGGAAGAAGCGUCACUUGAAGGAUGUGCAAGAGGUUCGGGAGAUGUUUUUUUUUUCUGUAGAGUUGGUGAGUGCUCCUUUAGGAGGGCUGUGCUCAUCGAAUUUAAUAUUCAGGGGCUCUUUAAAGCAGAUUUUUCUCCCCCACCCUCUUCUCUCCCAUGAGGAAUCCAUGAGGAUUUUAAUCCCGGAUUAUUCUGAUGUCCUCCAUGUAUGUUAAACCCACUUGCUUAAAAUCCUCUGGAAUUUGUUUAAACAA